AUGGCUAUUGGAAAUAUUCUAGCAAAAGUUUCUACAUAUUACGCGUCAAAAAAUUGGAUAUUAAACUCUGCUGUUUCUAAUAAGGCAGCAGAAAGUGGUUAUGAAGGAAAACGGAUCGCUCAUGUCUAUAGACAAUCAAAGACUACUCCUCAAACGGCCAUAGUUGUUUGCAAGUUCCAUAUCUUAGUAUCAGAAGUUGGACAUUGCUUUCGCACCAUCAAGCACGUUAUGACCGCGAAUUCGAAUUAUCCUAUCCUUUCAGUAGUUGUUAUAGGAACUUUUGGAAUUAUUGAGCUGAACUCAAGCAAUGAUUACGAUUCAUCAUUCAACGUCCGAAACCCUCUCCAGAAUCCAAAUUUAUCUAAAGAGCCAAAAUUUAGAUUAAAAACCUUAUUAAUUUUCUUUGCUAUGCAAUUUCUAACAGACAUGCUAUUAUGGUUUGCCUUUGCAGAGAAUACUUCUCAAACGGCCAUGUAUGCAAAAAAUUUAGUUCAUUUGAUAUUAGCGAAAAUACUAGUUUCGUAUAUUCGUCAACGAAAGCUUUGA